GUCCCUGGAUCGUCGCUCUUUACGAUCGAUACAAUGAGAAUACCGUCAAGAUAACCUCAGUAAUAAACGUUCUACGCAUGCCUUCAUUUUCUUUAUGCAUUGUCGCCCAACUAUCUCUCUUGACCCUGUCCUAUGGCUACCUGUGUCCAAGUCUGAGAGAAGCCGCUGUAUACGUUGGCGUCUUGGUUGGCUCCUUGGUGGUCGAUACAAAACCUGCCCUCGGCAUCCCGGCCAACCCUUCACAAAAGCCCAUACCAUUCACUGUUUCCAGAUGCAUCGUAGACUCAUGAUUCCCCAAACUAUUUCCGAUCCACUGUUCUUCAUUUUAAAUAUGCUACCUACAAAGAAACCUCGGCCUCCUAACACAACACUCUCGUGGACCAUUCGAUGGCCAAAUAUAUGUAGAAUCCUAUAUGAACUUGAUUACCUAUCUUACACUAAGCUUCCGCCUACUCCGUCCACUCGCCUCGGGCAAAGACUCUUAGCAUGACUCCCUUCUUCUCCUUAUCACUAGUGUAUCCUACACUUGAUCUCAUUCACUCCUUCCAAAACAUUUUUACCCUUGGUCUCAAAAGGGUUUUUUAGUCACCACCAUUCUUCCUUUAUAAACUGCCUCAGGCGGGAAAGAUGUAAUAUUACAAUCGUGCGCCCAUUAGAGGUUUUAGUUAUUUAUAAAUAAAAAUUUGUUUAAG